UCUGAAUGAAGCCCUUUACCGUGUUCCUACAGGACUCCAUCAUGAAUGCCUGUCACCGCGGCUGUCGGCUCUACUCCAUCUGCCAGUUCGUGAAUGGAAAUCAAGGCAUCAAUACCAGCAAAGAAGAGUGCCAGGGAGCAUGUCAGGAGGCCUACAGUAAACUGCUGGAGCAGGAGGCGUGCAGCACGGGGUGUGCCAGCCAACCCGCUGAGCCAGAAAUCAAACGGAGAAAGCUCAAGGCCCUGACCAACCGGCCCAAGCCCAUCUCUGUAAUGGAUGCCGUGUCUAGCUGGUGCAAUGACAUCGUCAGUUCUGCCCAGAGCUUCAUUUCUUCCACCUGGACCUUCUACCUGCAGGCUGAUGAUGGGAAGGUUGUUGUGUUUCAGAGCCAGCCAGAGAUUGAGUACUCCUUGCCUGAGUUACAAGCCCCGCGCUCUAACGUGGUCGACAAACCCUGGCCCCAAGUCAACUCCCACACACAGCGGCCACAUACUGGUAGGCGGUCACAUGGGGAGAGGAAUGCGGCAAAACCUGGGAUGAAAGGAAAGCAUGUCAGCCAACAUGCUGAGGACCCAGCUGCUGAGCACGACUUCCUGGGCUGCAUGUCAAGGCGCUCAGGACUACCGCGUUGGAUUUUAGCAGCAUGUCUCUUCCUGUCUAUCAUGGUGAUGCUGUGGCUGAGCUGUGCCAGUCUGGUCACGGCACCUGAGCAGCAUGUCAAGACUCAGCUUAGCAUCAAUGGAGAUAAAGAGUACAUGGAUGACGCCCAGAAGGUCAACCCCUACCACUUGACGCCAAUGAUCGCAAUGACAAUCGGCCAAUCGGAGGAGGGCAAGGAAGCGGGGCCGCUUCCGGUCAAGGUCGACCUCAGCAAAACAUCUCUGUAAAAGCACAGAAGCGGUCAAUACUUUUGGCGACUAGGGUUAAACUCAUCUCCAGAGCAAUUUCUCGCAAUUUAAGGGGAAGUUACAUUGUUUUUCUAAAUAAAAAAAACAUGCAUGACUGCAUUUAUUAUAUCAGUUACGACGUACAUCCUGUCUGAAUACUAGUCUCCUCACUGAAUUCGCAAAACCUCAUGGAAUUGUAGUAUAGGUGCUUGUUCACAUAAUGUACUAACUCAUUUUUGACUAUAAUGUAUACAUACACUAGUAACAUUUGAACUCAUGAACAAUUUCGCAACAAGUUUCUUACCAAAUUUUUUAAAAAACACACUGUAUAAACACAGGGGCUCAGAUGGUAGAUUGCGCCACAACCUUAAAAGAAGAGCAGGGUUAUUUGUCAAGCUUCAGCGUUUAGAUACUACAAUGAACGUUUAGUUUAACGAUGAAUACUUUCAAAGCGCCCCUCCUUGUUAUUAAUUGGUGUAGCAUUUGAACUGGAAGAUAAGCUUUGAAGGUAAUCUGUCAGAGAGAGUCGCACUCGUAGAUUCUCACUUUGAUGGGAAACAAGCAACGGAAAAAUCAAACGCAGCCAAUUAGCGAACGAUCUGUUUCGUAACGACAUUUACAAAACAUGAAUGCAUCCUUUGAACUGAUAUGUAAUCAAACUGACUUAAUUACUUUACAGAUUGUGAAUUCAGGUAGUUUGAAGAGUUAAAUUAAGAUUUUGUUCAAAUGUAUAGUUAAAUUAAAAAAGUCUUUAUAGGCUUUAGGAUGU